CGAAUUACGUUGCAGUGUGCUUCUCUUGUGAUUUGAAUCAGAUUCGCGAUUCACAUUCGAAUAGUUCAGACCGCUUUGCUAACCCGUUUGAAAGGUAGCCUAUAGCCUACAUGGAAAAGAAUCGACUCAAAUGAUUCAUUCAAACAAUUCGUUUGCGAAUCAAACAUCAAUGAGCAGCUCGCAUUUGCAACUGUUAUUCUGUUGCAAAAGUAACGAAAAGGUCUGGAGAAAUGCGAAAAAUAAGUUUUAAGUCGAAUAAGAGUCAACAACUUUUUUUUUUUUUUUUUGGUCAAAGCUAAUGAUUUGAAUAAGUAAACUUCUUUUGUAGGCUAUUUCCCUUUACCGCCCGGGGUAAAGGAAGUCUCGCUUGCACUUUUGAUCUCCGCUUGUGAUGCUGUAUUACACGGCUCGGUACCCGCUACACCCGAUACAGCCAAUCCGCGCCGCCGACGCGUGUGCCCACCUCUCACCUUCAUCAUCACCAUCAUCCUCAUCCUCACAGUCAGAGCCAGACACCAGCCGAACAAGACACUCUCAGACAAACCUCAUGUAGGAAGAGAGAGAGAGAGAGAGAGAGAGAGAGAGAGAGAGAGAGAGAGAGAGAGAGAGAGAGAGAUACUUAAGCCAGCGCUUUAGCAUUAUUUUCCCCUCAGAAUGGAGUGAUCAACUAGUGGAUCCGGACAGCUUUUUCAGGUCCAUGCUUGGAUGUUUAUAUCUUUUCAUCUCAGCUUUGAGUUUCAUCACUGCAACCGGACACUUCAAUUUGUCAAGACAGUCCAACCGCACCGGUAUCAGAGCACAUACAUACAUGGGGAUCAUCGCAGAAUUGCCCGGAAGAUGUGUAUCACUGCUCCGCUGCUGAGAUCUGUGUCGCCUGCGCUCGUCGUGGGAUCGGAUCCCUCGGUUCAUGUCCCCGUGUCAUUCCCGGUGAACUGAGAUGGCUCUUUGCGCUGUGCUGCGACAGACACGCAGACCGCGGCAGGAGAAUUGGACACAUUUAGUUUUACUUACGACCUAUUGCUUUUUUUGUAUAUUACCACUGAAACAACUUUGCGCGUUCCCAUCAUCGCUGAGCGACUGUCAAACACCCACCGGGUGGAACUGCUCCGGGUUCGAAGAGCAGGACACCGAUCUUUUUCUGUGUGACACAAACACGUGCAAGUUUGACGGCGAGUGCCUGCGAAUCGGGGACACGGUGACGUGCAUCUGUGAUUUUAAGUGCAGCAGUGACUAUGCUCCAGUGUGCGGAUCUAAUGGGGAGAGCUAUGAGAACCACUGUCUCCUGCGCAAAGAUGCCUGCAAAUUGCAGACAGAGGUGCUGGUGGUGUCAGAGGGCGCCUGUCCUGUCGAUGCUGGCUCUGGAUCAGGGGAUGAUGUUAACGAGGGUUCAGCAGAGAUCAGUCAGAAGGAGACAUCAACGUGCGACAUUUGUCAGUUUGGGGCAGAGUGUGAUGAAGAUUCCGAGGACGUGUGGUGUGUGUGCAACAUUGAUUGCUCUCACAUCAGUUUUAAUCCAGUUUGUGCAUCAGACGGCCGUUCCUAUGACAACCCCUGCCAGGUGAAAGAGGUGUCAUGUCAGAAGCAGGAGAGGAUUGAGGUCAAAUACCUCGGACAUUGUAAGGAAGAGAAAGACCAGGUGAGCGAGGUACCAUGGGGUCUUUAUAUCCCCUGUCCAGAGCGUUACAAGAACUACUGUGUCCAUGGAGAAUGCGAGUAUCCUAGCAACCUCUCGCCCCCCACCUGCAGUUGUCAUUCGGGCUUCAUAGGGCCGCAGUGUGACAGGAAGGACUAUAAUGUGAUGUACGUGGUACCUGGUUCAGGAAAACUGCGUUACGUUCUGAUCGCAUCCAUCAUUGGAGCUCUGCAGGUGGCCAUUAUCUGCCUUGUAGUGCUUUGCAUCACACGAAGGUGUCCACGUGGGAAUCGGAUAGCACGGCAGAAACAAAACGUUCCACACUUCAACUCCGAAAACACCCUGCGGGCCUCCACCAGACUCAUCUGACGAACCCUUAAACUUACAGUGACAUGUGCUAAAGACAGCAGAGAAAGGCCCCAGGGAAUUGUGGGAACACACACACCCCUCCAGACAGGUGUGUAAGAACUGAGGCGGGACUCCUGGCAUUGUGCAAAACUUCUCGUCUCUUGAUUCCCAUGGGACGCAAACAGGGGAUGGGCCUCAUGGGACGGGCCUGCAGGCUAAGUGGGAAAGAGAACAGGCAGUCAGCUUCGUCAGAGCGUACAGCCAAAAACACCCCUUCCCUGGGGUUGCAACAGUCUGGAAAAGAGGAGUGCGCAUGGACGGAUGGAUGAAUGGAUGACGGAUGGAUGACUGGAGUAGUGUGCCACAUGUUGCCUUGUAUUUGUUGUCUAUGACACCAUCGAAAAAAAUGAGCCCACCAAGGGUCUCUUUGAUUAUGUAUUAUAUAUUUCCAAUAGGUUAACAUACUUGUGAUGUUCUUUUUCUUCGUUUUUAUUCGCUGUAAUGUAAAUAAAUAAUUUAUAUCAUGUGA